UCUCGUAAUUAUCGUACAAAGGACGGGCGGACCUCCGUGUCAGGUCCGGCACAACGAAGGUGAUGGGAGGGGAUGGACGGAAGGUGAAUCAUAGGUAGGUAAGUCGAAGGAUAUCCCGACGACAUUCGUCAAGUGCUGAAUGCGGUGGAGUGUGGUGGUCGGCUUUGGGGGUGGCGGGGGAGGGUCAAACCAAGCAGCAAAGGGCAGACGAGGCUGGCUGGGGGGGAACGGAAGGAUUCACGAUCGGCGAUUGACGAAGACUAUCGCCGGUAGAGAGAAGCUCAAGGAUGAAGGCGAGCACGUCUGUCUGUCACUCUGCCACUCUUGUCUAUCUCGUUGGAGUGAAGGGAGGGAGAGAGGGAGAGAAAACAGGAGAGAAGGGAUCCCCGAGUAUACCUUAGUAUCGUGGGUCGUUAAUGGGCCGAUGCGAGGCAGGAGAGAGGAGACGAUGCGGGAGCGCCGCUUUUUGACCAAGAAGUUCGGGGGAUCCAGAGGGCGACGAUCGACGAACGACGAACAAAAUGAUUGGCAUUGGCAGGAGGGGCCCUAUCGCUCUGCUGUAGUUACCUUACCCUAUACUACGGCGUAGAUAUAAAUAAUCAUGGUAAUCGGUAAAUAAUACAUCAGGUAAUGCUCAAUACACAUGUCUCUGUUCUGGACUUGUGUGCCUAUCAGCGUCGAAUGGUUCAUGCUUCACUGAG